AUGACACCAUCGCGCGUGAUAAUCAUCGCAUCUUUCACUAUAGUUACACCAACCCCAAACCCCCGCACAAGCAGUCGCUUGAAUAAAGAGAACACCCUUGACAAUGGAAAGAAACAGAAAACAAGGCACUUGGAUGGUUUGGCGUGUCGCGUUCAGCUAUCUUCCGACGUAGCAUCAAUGGAUCGAACCAUGCCAACCCCGAUUACACUCAAUUCAAAGACGAGCCACGAAGUUUCCAGCCAUGAAGUCCAUCACCUUCAAUCCAUCCCCGAAGCAAAGGACGGACUAUGGCUUCAGUUUCUGACAAAAGCCAAAUGGUAUCCAGCAGACAUGCCACAUGCAGAAAAGAAGCUCAUCCUCAAACUCGACUUCCUGAUCCUAGUUGGCAUGAAAAAAGACCUUAAUCUACAAGGCAAUGCACUAAACUACAUAACAGCGGUAUUCUGGGCCUCGUACUGCACAUCCAUGAUACCAGCCUGUUACUGGUUAACGCGCACGCGAAUCAACAUCGCGCUACCGAGCCUCGAGGUAGGCUGGGGACUAUUCACGUUUGGGUGUGCGUGGGCGUGCAAUCUGGAGACGCUUUACGCAAUGCGAUUCUUUAUUGGGAUCUGCGAGUCUUGCUCUUUUACCGGUGUUAUUUAUGUCAUUGGCUCGUGGUAUAAGCCUGGGGAGGUGACGCGGCGCGUUGCGCUCUUCUUUAUUGCUUCGCCUCUCGGUACUAUGUUUGCUGGGUACCUGCAGGCAGCUGCAUAUACAAAUCUGGAGGGGAGACAUGGAUUGGCCGGGUGGAGGUUCGUAUGCCUAUUUAUAGAAUGGUGUAUGAAAGUGCUAAUCGCAUCCAAGGUGGUUGUUUAUUAUUUGCACAGUGAUCACAAUUCCUAUCUGUCUUCUGUGAGUCGCGCACUCGGAUACUUUGUCUUUCCUGAUGUCCCGCAUCGCUCAAAGCCACGAUUCCUAACUGCGACUGAGCAUGAGAUCGCCAACAGCCGCCUGAAAGGGCUGACAGCACCGAGUGAGCUCAAGGUUUCCCGGGCGAUCUUUAGGCGCGUCUUUGGGCGCUGGCAUUGGUAUGUCUUUGUUGUGCACUGGAUACUCAUGGAUCAGAACUUCACACCAUACUCGACGCCUUUCAGUCUCUACCUCAAGGCAAAGCCGGAUAUUUAUUCUGUCUCGCGGGUGAAUACACUGCCAACCAUAGCGACAGCGAUAUCGGUAAUUGCUGCGCUGGUCGCAGGCAUCACUGCGGACCGCCUGCACAAUUUCUGGAUCCCAUCCGUUGUGACGAGUAUACCUGUCUUAAUCGGAUUGGUUUUACUUGUUGUCUAUAAUGUUGGAGAGACGGGACGGCUAGUGGGGUUCAUUAUCACUGGAUUUGAAGGAGCGAUCAGUCCACUAACAAUGAGCUGGGCGACUGUCACCAUGGCUAAUGAUGCCGAGGAAAGGGCCAUUGUUACGGCAAGCAUGAAUGCUAUUGGACAAGCGAUGGCGGCCUGGACUCAAAUAUUCCAGUACCCGGCUACUGCUGCACCGCACUUCCGCGCUGGAUUUAUCUCUAACUUGAUGACUACGAUCGGGCAAUUUCUCAGCGUUGGCCUCAUCGCGUUCCUCGUGAGUCGGGAUAAGCGGAAAGGAUCAAGUGGAGCCGAUUCUGCAGAAAACUUUAGAUGA